UGAAUACAGUAGGCUUCUAAGUAAAAACAAGAGACAAAUUAUAUUAUUAAUACGAACACAAUGACAGAAGUAAAAAAGGACGAUAUUAUAAAAAUAUUACAUUCUUAUCCUUUAUGUCGAAGAGAAAUAAAAACAGUUCUGAAUAAUAUUAAUGCAGGCGCUCUGUAAAAAUAUAUUAGUCCAAUGAAAAAACAAUAAUUCCAAGGUUGACAAUUUUUUUGGAUUUGAUAAGGGGCAUAUACUUUGAUUUAUUGAUUUAGAGAUUUUUAUGUGUGAAACGCCAUGUUUGAUCUUCCUAUAAUGUAUGGCAGUAGCUAGUAUCAGCUGAUCAAAAAUGGAUUUGAUUCGUACGACCGAUUUAACUCCAGCUCUACUUACGAAUAGUACACAUAUAUAUUGAUAAGAUGGAUCAGAACGCAGCCAAUCCUCCUUCCAUUGACACUCCUCAGGACUUGACCGAAAGUGCCGACAAGAAGUCGCGGACACGUGAGCGAUCAACGUCGGACAAGCCGACCACGAUGCAAGCUCCAACAGCCGCUAGCGGACUCUAUGCGUUAUGCUUGAGAACGCUCUCUACGAGAUUCUCAACGCCUGUUUCAAUCGCUGAAACACAGAUGCAUGUCGUUGUGACAAGUACAUGGAUACCGUACUUCCGAUCGAUAUGGAUUUCAUUGACUUCAGUGCUAUACCCCGAUGGACAUUUCCAUGCUACUGGGAUCAUCAAUCAAGCUGAUUUCGUAGCUAUAUGUCGUAAUCUUCUCGCUGCACGUCUUGACGACGUACAUUGUCGUUUCUACGACGGGAUUCAAACGACCCGGAGACUCGUACCAUAUUUCUCCGAAUUACCACUCAGCUUAUCAAGGAUAUUAAGCGGUGUAGAAGUGGUUAUCACGCAUCCCGGAGCCAUCACAAACGUUCCACAAUAUUGUGGAGACCCAGCAGCAGACCCGUUGCCCUCAUUACCAGCCGGAGCAGUUUUAAAGUUUGCAAAACUCAUUCAAUCAUGCAAACGCAGAAACUUCAUCCGAACAGGCCGUAUUACGGAAAACGCAACUGGUACUAGUUGGUGGAUGUUAUCAGCAGUCAACGCUACGACGCAUGAAAUUGCAGACGGUAACGCUGACUCAAUAAUAAUUCGAGCGUCUUUCUCAGAAUGGACAUCUGUAGAUGCGCAUUAUUCCUCUGUACUCCAGAAUGGAUCGAGCGGAAUAGUGGACGUCGACAACAAAGCAGUGUGGCAUUCCAGCUACAUCUCUGACGUUAUCAGCAUCCGAAACUUCUUCAACUUAGGAGUAUAA